AAAUAAACACAACUGUCAAUCUCUUUGCGCUAUGUCGGGACUUUUUGCGACAUAUUUUCGAAAAAUUUCGGAAUUCCAAGCUAUUUAGAGUGAUUAUCGUACACAAAUAAAAUGUCUAUCUGCUUACGUACGAUUUCUCAAAGAAUACUGCCUAUAAAUGGCAUCGUUUCCACCAAAAAUCACUCAAGCCGCUUGUCUAGAAAAAUCCCUUUGCGGACACAAUUUCUGGAAGAAUUCCUACAUCGUCGACGCAUAUCCAGUUGUCAACUAGCGCCAAAAUGUAGCACAGACAGCAACAUCGACUAUGUCUAUGGUCACGAUGAGGCUGUAAUCAGCAGGCUCACUCACCAGGAAUCCACGUCUAUCUAUGAUAAAACAAAAUCUUCGGAUGAAAGUAGCUAUUAUGGUGAAGAUGUGGAGGUGAAGGCCCUGGGACUGACAUCGGAUGAUUACAUAGAGAGGCGAAUGCCUCCGUACACAUUUGAUGUUCCUUAUACCAAUAUUAGUGAUAUUGACUUAACUAAAUAUAGUAAUGAUAUAGAACCGACUUGCCUCUCGGAUUUUGAACGUGACGCUAUCGCAUAUUGCCGCGGUACCGUGUUGUCCAGUCCUAUAAGUGCACCCGUCGUGGCGCCCAGCCGCGAUGGCAAACCAAAUGAAGAACAACUCAUGAAAGUGUAUUACACACUGUCAGACACGAUGCCAAAUUUGUUUGUGAAGCCCCUGGACUACUCCAUCUACCAUCCCAACAUGGUUUUUGUGAACAACAUUAGGGGCACCACAUCUGUAGGUCUAUUCCACUACGUGAAGCAGGUGGCGCUGCUGCGUACAGUGGGACACUUGAAGUUUGCCUAUGUCAAGCUGGAAGUCAUGAAGAUCACAGCACAUCCUGAGGACUCUUCUGUCAAGAUGAGAUGGCGCAUCAAAGGCAUCUCCGGGCUGAAAGUAUUCUUCAUGUUCUGGAAGUACAAGCUGUGGAACAUGAAGGAGGUGUUCCGAGACCAGGAACUUUGGUAUGACGGAUUCUCUACAUUCUAUGUGGGUGGAGAUGGAUUGGUACAAAAACAUGUUGUGGAUAAGGUAAUGCCAGACCAGGAUACAAUAAUAGAUGAUGAAGAGAAGGCUCCGAUAGCCGCCAAAAUAGCGCUUCUCAUUGGCUUGCUACCACGGAACUACUUGUCUGAUGUGUCACCCUACUUCAGCUCAUCAGCUGGCACCGCCGACACUACGCCAUUACCCUUCAAAGUACUGGAAUAAAGUGCUAUAUCAUAUCACUGGGACAACAUACUUAGGGACAGGGCUCCUGUAUCAAUGAAUAAAUCAGUAAUUUAUUCCAAUUGUAGUUAAUAAAAAUGAACAUUUGUAAACAAUGUUAUGAAUUUUGAUACACAUUCGAUUAGAGAAAGUGUAAUAUGUAGGCAAGCAAUUUUGUUUGUUUAUGCAACUGGCAACAUCUUGUUAUAAAAUAAAAUUGUCUAUAUGAAGUGUCAGUGAUGCACUUUCUAUAAACAUGUUUAUUAACAACUACUAAGAAGUUAAAGUUCGACUCGACCCUGGCAGUAUAGUCGACAACACUAUAUUGGAGACUUCGUGGCCAUUUAAGAAAGAUUGAUAAAAAAAAACGCGUUUGUGAAGUCUACCUAUAUUCUAGCUUGUUACAUCUUUAGAUCUAAUUCACAAAGCAUGUCGUAAUUUUUGUACAUAAAAAACAACGUUUUUAACGAUUGCUUUUGUGUGUGCUACAGAACAGCUUCCAUUUUCGAAUGUCUGAUCAAUAUUCACAUGUUCAUACAUUUUUCAUUAAUUUAUUGAUAUCAAAUACAAAACUUUUGCAUCAUUUUACUAGAACAUUUUUUUCUAUAAAAUGUUUAGCUUAAAUUAAUGAAAUUAUUAUGAAUGUACUUCAGGUUUUGAUAGGUUCUUAUUUAUUUAUUACGGAUAUUUUUGUUGACAAAUGAGUUUUGUUCUCCGCGCUGCACCAGCUCGCAGUAACUUUAGUUCAGCGUACACGUUUCCAUUUCGGCAACGUGCAGUAACACAUUAGUGAUAUUUUGAUAACUGUGAAUGCCUUGUUGUAGUCUGUAUAGAUAAUGUUAUGUAUUGCUAUAAUACAAUAAAAUGUGUCCAUUA